AUAGGAUCAGAAGAAGAUACCUUAUAUUAGACACACCGUAUGUAACUCUAGUAGUCUAUUCAGUUGCUAGCUAGCUAGCUUCUCACGAGGUUUGACAAUAGUGCUAAUGAGCCGUCGUGGGGGAGGAAAUCGUAUCGUUUUUUUUUUUUUUUUUGUCUAGAUCGAGUGGCCUGACCAGCUGAUCCAUGGAAGCUGCCAUGGAAAGAAUCGUGUACGACGUAGUAGAAGGAGACUACGGUGAAUUCAUCAAGGUGCUCCGCAGGGUGCUCGCCGAGUACGAACCCGCCGGCGACCGGCAGAGCGUGCUGGACUACCAGCACGCGCCCCACCCCGUGCUGCCACGGCAACGCAGCCCUCGCCGCCCGGCGCGGUGGAUCCUCAUCACCCUGCGGGUCCGCGACGAGGGCCACGAGACCACGCUGGCGGUCCGCGACGACAACGUCUACCUCAUCGGCUUCAGUAACCGGCGGGGGAAGUGGUUCGAAUUCGGCUUCGGCGGCGGCGACGGCGGCUGCAGGAGCGCGCAGGUGCUCCCGGCGGAUUGGAGCUCCACCUUCCUGGAGUGCGACGUCGGCUACGGGGGCAUGAUGGUCGGCGGCGCCAUGAGGCUGGUGGGUCUGGGGCUCGGCAUGUGCUUCGCCAGAGACGCCGUGCGCCGGCUCUCGUCCUACGAGCAGGAACCAGGCGUCCAAGUGGACGACCGGACCAAGCGGCACCUGGCGCGGCUCAUCGUCAUGGUCUGCGAGGCUGCCAGGAUGAUCCCGCACUGCGAGACGGUGCUCGACGACUGGGACCGCAGCUCGGCCGCCAUCACCGAGCGGCAGGUGCACUUGCUGUGGAACUGGGGGCGCAUGUCGCACGCCGUGCUGAUCUGGGACUGGUGGAGCAGGCACGGGAGCUGGAACGGGAUACCUCCGCCGUGGCCCCCUGAGCUGCUAGCUCCGCAAGUUGAUGUCAGGAACGUGGGACAGGCGCUGCAGAUAGUGCAGCUGCUGCUUAACUGGUCGGAGGCGGGGCCGACGGCACUACCGUCGUGGCAGCCGCCGCCACCACCUCAGGAAACGGCGGGAGAGGGUGACGACAGCAGCGACAACUUGGGGCGCUACUGGAACGGCGGUGCCACCAUCCCCCACGUCCUCGGCCAACAAGCCGGCCAAUGCAGGCUGGAGAUCUUCGGCGUGCGCGCUGGUUUCUACAUGCGCGGCGCCGCCACCAUCUCGGUCUUUGACGGGAAGCGCGGCCAGGUCAUCUACAGUAAUAACGACGACGACAAGCUGGACGGCGACGAUGACAUUGCUGGUCGAAGAAGAACCAUGCUGGGCUCACUGGAUCACGAGAAUGGUGACUGUGACAGCCACCAUGGACGACAUUUCAGCGAGUGGAGGAUGUUCGCCCAACUGCGCUCCUUCUACAAUCGGGCUGGAGUUGGAUUUGGUGGCUGGUGGAACCGCCACAGCGAGACGAAGACCAUCGUCACCAGCAAGCGGGAGAACGGGUCGACGACGCUGGUCCAAUUCGACCAGGGGCAUGAUCUGGUGCUGACUGGACCCUACAGGGCCAUCUCUGCGUACGGGAGCGUCUCCGUUGAAAUCGACAGCUCCACCACGACAGACUCCUCCAACUCCUACAUUGAACUUGGCAUCUCCACUGCAGAGAUAGACUACGUCAGAAUCGACGUCUCCAAGAAAGAUACCCGCCGCAGCAGCGACGACGACGGCAGGACAACGACGACGCUGCUCUGGGAUUGCUACAACGAGGAAGGCGACGACGUAGCGUACGACACGGUGUUGACGCGGACCAUCAGCACCAGCCAUGGGCCCGUUGACGUGACCUACGCGGUGCUGAGCAACGCGGUCGAAGCCACCGUGCAGGUCAGGCUCAUCCUGCUCGCCGGCCAAGGCGACGGCAUCAUCCUCGUCCAUGGCAGGAUCACCGCUGGCUACCAAGAUCUCCGUGCCCGGAGCGUGCUCUUCUGCCAGGACGCGGAGGAGAAAGUGGCUGUCGUCACCGGCGGCGACGGCUCCCACGUCGUCCCCCUGUCGCGGUCCGUCGUUGCGGUGCCACUCACCUCGCUGCUCCUCAUAGAGGCCGCCCUGCACACCUCGGUCGCUUCUUCUAACCACACGGCGAAGGCCGAGGGUCAUCCCCUCCCUGAACCCAUCGUUGCUCGUUUCCGCCCCGAACCCGCCGGACAGGAUGAGGUGCAGCGGUUCGGCAUCGACGGCGGCCACGUCGAAAUCAAGGUCAUCUGGGCUUUGGACUUCUGACCCUAACGGAUCAAUUUACUUCUCUACAUGUAUUUCUAUACGCCAAUUGGUUAAUUAGCAGGGGGUAUUCCAGAAUAUAGCCAUUUAUUUGAUUGCACUGGUGGACUGCUCCCUCCAUUUGAAAAUAUAUGUACGUUCUCAGUUAAAUUAAUCGUCUCCAAACUUAACAAAGUUUGAA